AUGUCCAACUCUAUAGCACGCACGGUACUCACAUUCCAGCACAAUGCAAAGCUCUACACCCUACCCACCUCAGUACUAGCAAUCACACCAUUUCCAUCUCUCGCCGAACCCAACCGCCAACUCUUCAAGAGUGCCACAGACGAUGACUCAGUCGUCGUAACAAAAGAAACCAUUUUCCAUCCUCAAGGCGGCGGACAACCCACCGACGAAGGAUCAAUGUCCUCACCUGGCAAAACGUUCGCCGUCUCUUCAGUACGCAUGUCCGCCACAGAAGAAGGCCAAGUCCUACAUCUAGGCCGUUUCGCCGACACAGCCAACCCCUUCUCAAUCGGCGAGACCGUCACGCAAAGCAUAGACGUCGAAAAGCGACUAUUAUACUCACGCCUACACACAGCCGGACACGUCCUAGGCGCCGCAGUCCGACAUCUUCUCGAAAAGCAGGUCCCCGGGUUCGACGAGCUAAAGGCCAGCCAUUUCCCAGACAGCGCGGCAUGUGAGUUCGCAGGCCUGAUCGAGGGGAAGUGGAAAGGAGACAUCCAAGGCAAGGUCGACGAGUACAUUGGGGCCUCAAUGCCCGUGGAGAUUGAUUUCUGGAGUGAAGACGACUUCCGCACAAACGGUCUCGAGAGGCUGAUCCCCAGCGGUGAGGGCGUCAAGCUUGCGCCCUCCGAGAAGUAUCGCGUGGUGAAAAUCAUCGGCGCGGAAGUUUACCCCUGUGGAGGCACACAUGUCGACACCACGGACCAGUGUGGCAAGGUCGGCGUCAAGAAGAUCAGCAGGAGUAAGGGGACUAGUCGAGUAUCGUAUACCGUCGCCUAG